AUGCCUCUCUCCCCCAACCAAAUAAUCAAAGGCGCCCUCGCCUCCUACCGCCUCCUGCACCCCCUAAAAGGCAGCACCAUUUUCAAAGCCGAGAUCCUACCCCCCCCCAUAAUCUCGCUCAGCGAUGUAUCUACGUAUCAGGGCCGUCGUGAAAACCGCAACCGCCCCCCUCGAACGGUCCGCCCUGAGUUCGUGGCUAAAAGCCCCUUUAUCCGCUCCCUGCACGAGGGGGUGGGGGACAUGGAAAGUCUCAGCGCCGCUCCUGUCGUCGGUGUGACCCUGAGUAGAUGGACACUGAGCUCCGCCUCAUCCCAUCGCGUGCCUUUAUUGAAGGUAGAUGUGAAUCCGAAUAAUAUCUUGGUUUCUGGACUUGAUGGGAAGCGGCGGGUUUGGGUUGGGGACGGGACGGGGCUACUGGAGGUCUGGAUGAACCAGGGCGUCCACCAUGCCUCAGACAUCUGGUCUCUCGGUGUUACACUUGUGCACUGGCUAAUGGAAAGUCGAUCUUCGGAGCGCGAGAUAAGCGGGUUGAAGGAUGGCGGAUUUGUUGAGGGAUAUGGAUAUGCCGCUGCCGGGGAGGAGUUUAGGAUGGCGGAUUUGUUGAGGGAUAUGGAUAUGCCGCUGCCGGGGAGGGGGAAGGUGAUUGAUGUGCGGCCUCUGCGCGAGGAGCUUGAAAGGCUUCGAGCUCCAGUGGUUCCGCCGGCACUAAUCGAUUUUAUCGAGUCGCUGAUCGUAGUAGAUAUGGAGAAGGCCGAUCGCCCCUGA